CCGCGCCAUGGCGCGGGAGAGGCCGUCCGGGAGGGGCUGCGGCGCCCUGCCCCGGUGUGUGCUCGGCGCCGCGCUGCUGCUCGGCCUGCGACUGUGCGCGGAGCUACGGCCCUCCGGGCCCCGGCCCCCGGCCCGCAGCGCCCCGCCGGGCCCGGCUCCCCGGCCGCCGGGGCCGCACCUGCCGCCCGCGCCCGGCCCGCCCCGCGGCGCCAGCAGGAGGCAGGUGACCUACGUGCGCAGCGGGCGCCGAGCGCCUCCGGAGGGCGGCGGGAGCCGGACGCCGGAGCCGGGCUGCUGCGUCCCGCGCGGGAGUCCCCGCCGGAAGGGUCCCCGGUGGCAUAUAGAUCUCCAGCCAUGGGCGGGUCCUGCUCAGUCCCUGGAUGAAGAAGUCUUGAGGUUCCUGAGAUACAUCAGCACCCCCCAGGUUGUAUUCCAGAUUGCAUGCAAUCACAUGAGCACAGACAGCCUCGCUACUGACUCCAGCCCUGCAAAGAAGCCUUGGUCAGUCUGUCUUGAUGACAGGUUUGGCUUAGCUCAUCAAAUCCGCAGCAAGCAAUGCCGCCUCUACUCUUUAGGGCUAGGGAGUGAUGAUACCCAAUUUGAGGUUAGCAUGGCCAACAGUGGAUGUGAGGUACAUCGUUUUGAUCCUAGUGUGAAGUCGGCUCAUAUUCUGGAGAGUCAGCGCCUCUGGUAUCACCGCUUGUCUGUCGACUGGCGGGACCCGCAUCCAGCUGUGGCUGCCCAAAAACUGCAUAGCAACACCAGAAAACUGGGCACCAUUUUGAAUGAAUUUGGGCAUCACAAGAUUGAUGUUCUCAAAGCAGAUUUGGAGAGUGCAGAAUGGAAAGUUUUAGAAAAUCUUAUUCUGGAAGAUGUCCUGGAACAAAUCGGGCAGCUCACCUUUGAGAUCCAUCUCCACUGGCCCGGGUUUGAGAGUAACGUGUGGAAAAUGUAAUCUGAUGAAUAACACAGAAUAUAAAGCAGCAAUAUCAAUGUCUAACUAUGGUUCAAGUUCCAAAACUUUGAUUAAUUAGGAAAUGAUAACAAUAAUUAUAGUAAUUAUUUGCCUUUAAGUAAGGAUUUUCUCUAUCCAUCUAUCUACUCAUCCAGAAGAAGCAAAUGAUUAGAAAAAAAACUUCUAUGAGGGUCUUGGUUAGAAGAAAGUAUUUUUAGGUGUAACCUGGGGAACAAUAUCAUUUAUCAAAUCUCCAACCCUUUAUACCUCUCUAAAGGACCAAUGAGCAGUGACAUUCAAAAUGACCCAAAUGUACUCAAAAGAACCUCAGUCUGAAAAAGGUUCAACUGUUUUUCCCUCCUCAUAUAAAAUUAUUAGCCAAUAAUAAUCAAUAACAGAUUAAAACAUAAGAGCAUUUCUAAAUUAACCAUAGUCUAGGUUCAGAUCAAUCAAUGUUCUCCUAAAAGUAAACAAAAAAAAAAAUGUAUGCAGAUCUCUUAUUUCAAGGACUCUUGGUACAAUGAGCUCUAGAACAAGAAAUGGGUCUGAACACUCUAUGAACAUUAUUACUGCUAGUGAAAAUGUCUGCUAGGCAGUUAUAUUUAAUAAACACAACACUAUUUUCUAAUUAGAACCUGUAAUUCCAUAAAUAAGCUAGUAACUUACAUCUUACACAUAAUCUUCAGUCUGGAAAUGAAAUCACUGAAAAAAACUUUAAUAAAAAUCUAUGAAAUUUUAAAGAUAAAAGAUAAACAGGAUCAACAUCUGUCAAAUUUUCUUCUAAAAAUAUUUUAACAUAAUAAAUACCUUUGGGAGAAAACAUGUCUAUGACAUCUCAUGAAUUUAGCCAAUCAGCAUAACCAUAGGCUGUCCAGUAUCUAAUUAUAAUCUCUUAUUCUCCUUUACAACUGUCUACUAGUCUUAAUAAUCUAGUAUUGUUUAAGAAAACCAAGUUUCCUUUAGUUUGUUUUCUUUUAUCAUUGUGCUACUCUUAGCAGGCACAAGGUAUAAAAGUUUGGCAAACACCACCUGUCUGAAGGUCCUGGUAAUAAGAAUUUUCCCAUUGCUGGGGUCAGUUUUCACUUUGAGGUGGUCAGGGCCUCCCUUUCUGCAAGCUGCCAGUAACACUAGUAAUUGCUUUCAGGGAUGGUUGUAUGUGGUAAAGGAUAGCUCCAGGGAUCCCGAGUUGGUUUUGCUUCCUACUUGUCUUUGUAGCAAGACUGAUCGUCACGUUUCCUUCUGACUAAUCAAACUGGAUCCAAGUUAUCUUCUUUCCCCACCAGACCCUUCAUUCAUCUAACUAUCUAGCCAUAUGAAUAAGAAUUCAAGUUCUGCAUGUUUUAUGUAAGCCUCAUGGUAUCCACAAAGCAAAAAUCUAUCGAGACACGAAAGAGAAACAGAAAAAUCAAAACAUACUACUAUAGAAAAUCAUCAAAUCACAAAGGAAGAGGAAGAAAGAAAGGAACAAAGGAACUAUAAAUAACCAGAAAACAAUGAACAAAAUGGCACUAAUAAAAGUCCAGACCUCUCAAUAAUUACCUCAAAUGUAAAUGGACUAAAUUUACAAAAGACACAAGUUAGUUGAAUGGAUUAAAAAAAAAAAACCAACAAAACAAGACCCAACUAUAUACUGUGUAUAAGAGACUCACUUCAGUUUUAAGAACACACACAGACUGAGAGUGAAAGGAUGGAAAACAUAUCCCAUGAAAAUGGAAACUAAAAGAAAGCAGGGGUAGCUGCUAUACUUGUAUCAAACAAAUAGACUUUAAGCCAAAAACUGCAAUAAGAGACAAGGUCAUCAUAUAAUGAUAAAGAGGUCAAUUCAUUAAGAAGAUAUAACAAAUAGAAGGAUUUAUAUACCCAACAUCAGAGCACCUAAAUACAUAAAGCAAAUGUUAACAGAUCUGAAGGGAGAAAAUAGAUAGCAAGCAAUACAAUAAUAGCAAGGGACUUCCAUACU